CGUCCUCCACAGUAAACGCUCGUUGGAUUCUCCACUCGCGGUCGUCUUUUAUUUUGGCAGCGCACAGCGGAAGUGCGCCGCUGGUUUUGGCGCGCUUGCCUCCGCUGCGGUCUUCUGGUUGGUUGUUGUUCGGGUCAAGAUGGCCGCCGUCGUUGUGGAUGGACAGUGACGCCGCGGCACCCCACAGGCCGAAGGAGCGCGCGCACCCCGCCCCGAAACACCCCGCUGGACCCGGACCGCUGGACCAGGACCGCUGGACCCGGACCGGAUUCUGUUGUGACGGGGGCAGCAGCAGCGUCACCAUGGAUACCACCAGCUCCAUCAAGAUGACCACGCUGGCGAUCCAGAACCUGUUCCUCUACGUGGAGGAGGAGAACCUGGCGGCGCUGAAGCUGCACCUGGACCGCUUCAAGGAGGUGGACGGGCGCAGCGACAACGGCCAGACGCCCCUCAUGGUGGCUGCGGAGCAGGGCAGUCUGGAGGUCGUCCAGGAGCUGCUGAGGAGAGGAGCCAACGUCAACCUGGACGACGUGGACUGCUGGUCCGCUCUGCUCUCCUCCUCUAAAGAAGGUCACGUUGAGGUGGUGAAGGAGCUUCUGGAGAACAGCGCCUACAUCGAGCACCGAGACAUGGGCGGAUGGACAGCUCUGACCUGGGCGGCUUACAAAGGUCGUGUGGAGGUCACCAAGCUGCUGCUGGAGCACGGAGCCAACCCCAACACCACGGGACAGCAGUACAGUGUGUAUCCCAUCAUCUGGGCAGCAGGUCGAGAUCGCGCUGACAUCGUCAAAGUUCUUCUCCAUGAAGGAGCCAAAGUCAACUGUUCAGACAAGUAUGGCACCACUCCUCUGAUCUGGGCCUCCAGGAAAGGUCACUUUGACUGUGUGAUGCACCUCCUGGAGAAUGGAGCGGACGUGGACCAAGAGGGAGCGAACUCCAUGACGGCGCUCAUCGUGGCGGUGCGGGGCGGCUACGCGGCCGUGGUGAAGGAGCUGCUGAAGAGGAGCCCCAAUGUCAACAUGACGGACAAAGACGGCAACACGGCGCUCAUGAUCGCCGCCAAGGAGGGCUUCACGGAGAUCGUCCAGGACCUGCUGGACGCCGGCACCUACGUCAACAUCCCAGACCGGGGUGGGGACACGGUGCUCAUAGGAGCGGUCAGAGGAGGUCAUGUGGAGAUCGUCAGAGCUCUGCUGCACAAAUACGCCGACAUCGACAUCAGAGGACAGGAGAACAAGACGUCUCUGUACUGGGCCGUAGAGAAAGGGAACGCCUCCAUGGUGAGAGACAUCCUGCAGUGCAACCCAGACACAGAGACCUGCACCAAGGACGGGGACACGGCCCUCCUCAGGGCCACUAAGAUGCGUGGCGUGGAGGUCGUGGAGCUGCUGCUGGACAAAGGAGCCAAAGUGUCUGCUGUGGACAAGAAAGGAGACACGCCCCUCCACAUCGCCAUUCGUGGGCGGAGCCGGCGCCUGGCGGAGCUCCUCCUCCGGAACCCUAAAGAUGGCCGCCUGCUGUACCGGCCCAACAAGGCGGGGGAGACGCCGUACAACAUCGACUGUAGUCACCAGAAGAGCAUCCUCACGCAGAUCUUUGGGGCGCGCCACCUGUCGCCCGUGGAGACGGAGGGGGACAUGCGGGGCUACGACCGCUACAGCACGGCUCUUGCCGACAUCCACAGUGAGCCGACCACGCAGCCGCCGCUCUGCGUGGGCCUCUACGCCCAGUGGGGGAGCGGCAAGUCCUUCCUGCUCAAGAAGCUAGAGGAGAUGAAGACCCGCCGGCCAGCAGGUGGCGCCCUGUUCCAGUUCUCCUGGCUGCUCGUGUCUCUGUCUCUGCUGCUCUGCGGCGUUGUGGGCGUCGGCCUCGGCUUCACCGUCGACCUCCGGCUGGCGGUGGCCGUGUCCCUCAGCCUGCUGCUGCUGCUCUCGCCUUCUGUGGUGAUGCUGGUGUACUUGGCGGGCGGCGUGAGGGCGGCGCUGGACGUGGCGUGGCUUCUCAAGCGGUUGGCCCGCCAGGUGCUCUACCUGGAGCUGCUGCUGCGGCUGAUGUCGUGAUCCUCCAGAGCUGCCGGGCAGAGCAGCCGCGCCUGCCCGUUCCUGUUCACCAACUACAACCGUCUGUCAAGCGUCGGCGGCGAGACGUCGAUGGCCGAGAUGAUCGCCACGCUGUCCGGCGCCUGUGAGAGAGAGUUCGGCUUCCUGGCUACCCCUCACUUUUCUUCUUAUUCCUCCUCCUCCUCCUCAGCAGGAAACAGGAAGUGGAAGCAGACGUGCUGUGUGCCGUCCUUCCUGGUCUUCGUGGUGGUUCUGGUCUGCCUGCUGACGGGCCUGGCUCUGCUGGCCGUGUUCGGGCUGGAGGGGCGGAGCCAGCCGGUGAGCGGCGUGCUGGUGGCGGUGGGUGGCGUGGUGGGCGUGGCUCUGCUGCUGAACCUGCGGACCUGGUGGCGCAUGACGGACUCGCUGCUGAACUCGCAGAGGAAGCGUCUCCACGGCGCCGCCAACAGGAUGCACAAGCUGAAGAGCGAGGGCUUCAUGAAGGUUCUGAAGGCCGAGGUCCAGCUCAUGGCCCACAUGACCAGAACCAUCGACGGCUUCACGCAGCACCAGACCCGCCUCACCGUGGUGAUCGACGGGCUGGACUCAUGUGAGCAGGACAAGGUGCUGCAGAUGCUGGACACGGUCCGGGUCCUGUUCUCCAAGGGCCCCUUCAUCUCCAUCUUCGCCAGCGACCCCCACAUCCUGAUCCGGGCCAUCAACCAGAACCUGGACGGCUUCCUGAGGGACUCCAACAUCAACGGCCACGACUACCUGCGCAACAUCGUGCACCUGCCCGUGUUCCUGAACAGCCGCGGCCUGGCCAGCGCCCGCAAGAUGGCCGCCGCCGCGCCGGCUGGCGGGGGCGGCGCCGACGGUCGGUCUGCCUGUCUCUCUCUCUGUCUCUCUGUCUCUCUCUCUGUCUCUGUCUCUCUCUCUCUGUCUCUCUCUGUCUCUCUCUGUCUCUCUCUCUCUGACCCCUCCAGGAGGCGGGCGGUGCCGCGCUCCGCGAGCCGCCAGCUGCCGGUGGACGUGUCCCGGCUGCUGGUGGCCGAGGCGUGGCUCGGCGACGUCGGGCCUCAGGCGCUGCGGCGGCUGCUGAACAUCGUGUCGGUGACGGGCCGCCUGCUGAGAGCCAAUCAGAUCGCCUUCAGCUGGGACCGCCUGGCGGCCUGGAUCCACCUGACGGAGCAGUGGCCCUACCGCACCUCCUGGAUCCUCCUCUUCCUGGAGGACAUGGACGUCCCCGAGCACGCCACGCUCAAGAGCGUCUACGAGAGGGUGUCGAGGAGCGUCCCGACCACCAAAGACGUGGAGCCCCUGCUGGAGAUCGAUGGUGAUGCGCGCUCCCUGGAGGUGUUCCUGUCCUCCAGGCCGUCCGUCCUCACAGUGAGGGACGUGAGGACCUUCCUGCCCUGCACCGUCAACCUGGACCCCAAGCUGAGGGACGUCAUCGCAGAUGUGCGUGCUGCCCGGGAUCAGAUGAAUGUGGGCGUGGCCCCGUACCCCCCCGCCCCCCUGCAGGAGGCCCCGCCCCGCCCCGUCUCCAUGUACAGCCAGGUGUCGUCGGCCUGCUCUCCCUCCGCCUCCUUCGGCCAGUUCAUCCCUCCGCUUGGGGGCGGAGUCUCUCCGACGCCGCACAGCAGCUACUACAGCGGCCUGGCCGGGCCGCAGCACCCCUUCUACAACAGGCCAUAUUUCCCCCAUCACCUUUACCAGCCGCCUCGCCCUCUCAUGGCCUCCACCUGCCCAUCACACCUCCACCCACGCCCUCCACCCACAGGCUGCUUCAGCCGGGACGCCGCCGCUGGUCCGGCGUCCGUGGCGUCCGUGGCUCCGCCCCUUCUCCUCAGCGCCAUGACGACGGAGGCCGUCUGUGAGCGCGUGCAGCAGAUCGACGGCAUCGACCAGAGCGUGGCGGCUCAGUACGGCGCCACCAUCAGGAAGGCCAACGUGAACGGCAGAGUUCUGUCUCAGUGUGACAUCGACGAGCUGAAGAGAGAGAUGAGCAUGAACUUUGGGGACUGGCAGCUGUUCAGAGCCACAGUUCUGGACCUGCGUCACAUAGAGAGUCAGGUGCUGCAGGAGGAAGCUGCCAGUGAGCAAGGCAGCGUGGGGGGCGGGGCCAGCGAGGCGGGGCAGCGGGCGGCGGCGCCGAUGUACAACUUCAACAUGAGCUUUGAGGAGCUGAGCACCCUGGGGGGCCUGGACGACGCCCCGAGGCCAGGCCUGAGCUGGAUGGGCGGCGCUCAGCGCACCGCCAGCAUGAGCAGCCUGAACUCCCAGGACUCGUCCAAUGACAUCGCCCGGCUGACGGACCGGCAGCAGGACGAGUACCGCGGCGCGUACCAGGAGUACGUCGCCCAGAUGGCGCAGGUGGAGACGGGCGGCGGCGAGCGGCCCGUCCAGCCGACGCCGGGUCAGUUCAUGACGCCGGAGGACAAGAGCAGAGACGGCGGCGAGCCGGACGGACGCAAGUCCUUCGCCAAGAGGAACGGCAAACCGGCGCCGGACAACGCCGACUUCGCCUCCGGCGCCGACGCCCUGGACCCCAUCACCGAGGAGGACGAGAAGUGCGACCACGGGGCCUCCAGGGCGCCGCUGACCCGCAGGGCCUUGUUCCCGGGCGCCGCCGACCCCAAGCCCAAGGCCGGCGGCGGCCUGCGCUACCAGAAGCUCACCAGCGAUGACGAGGAGUCGGAGGAGUCCGACAACGCGCCGCUGCUGAAGGACGGCACGCCGCCCGCCGACCGCCGGCCCGCCGCCGGCUCGCUGGCGCUGAAGGGGAAGGACUUCCUGUCGGACGCCACGCUGGACAAGAAGGACUCGUCGGACUCCGGCGUGCGGUCCAACGAGAGCUCGCCCAAUCACUCGCUGCAGGACGAGGAGGCGGAGCUGUCCCAGCCGGAGAGGGCCGACCUCAUCGAGCUGGACGAGGACGACCCGGCCAGGAAGCGCGGAUUACCCAGCGGCCUCGGCGGCCCGCGGGAGCCGGCGGCGGCGGCCCGCAUGUCCAUCUGCUCCGAGGACCGCUGCAGCCUGCUGGCCAGCAGCCCCGAGGACAGCUGGCCCGCCGCCUUCAACCUCAACCGCACGGCGAGCAGCGUCACGCUCAACAACAACGCCAACAACAGGCCACGCCUCCCGGAAGGGGGCUCCGCCUCCUCUUCCGACCCCGCCUCCGGUGACGUCAUCCUCUCCCCGAGCUCCGCCUCCUCCACCAGGCCCGGUCCCAACAACGAGAACGUCCGGGUGGUGCACCUGAGGAGGGGCCUGAGGCCCGGCGACCCGCCGGAGGUCUGCAGCAUGUCCUCCGACACCGUGACCUUUGGUGAGGAGCGGGAGAGCAUCCUGUGACCUCGCGACCCCGCCGUGACCUCGUCACGACAUCGUGACAUCAUCGUGACCUCGUAACUUCAUCGUGACAUCAUCGUGACCUCGUAACUUCAUCGUGACAUCAUCGUGACCUCGUAACUUCAUCAUGACCUCGUAACUUCAUCGUGACAUCAUCCUGACCUCGUAACUUCAUCGUGACCUCGUAACUUCAUCGUGACUUCAUCGUGACCUCGUAACUUCAUCGUGACAUCAUCGUGACCUCGUAACUUCAUCGUGACAUCAUCGUGACCUCGUAACUUCAUCAUGACAUCGUGACCUCGUAACUUCAUCGUGACAUCGUGACCUCGUAACUUCAUCGUGACAUCAUCGUGACCUCGUAACUUCAUCGUGACCUCGUCACUUCAUCGUGACUUCAUCGUGACCUGGUAACUUCAUCGUGACAUCGUAACUUCAUCGUGACAUCAUCGUGACCUCGUAACUUCAUCGUGACCUCGUAACUUCAUCGUGACUUCAUCGUGACCUGGUAACUUCAUCGUGACCUCGUAACUUCAUCGUGACCUGGUAACUUCAUCGUGACCUCGUAACUUCAUCGUGACUUCAUCGUGACAUCGUGACCUCGUAACUUCAUCGUGACCUCGUAACUUCAUCGUGACUUCAUCGUGACCUCGUAACUUCAUCGUGACCUCGUAACUUCAUUGUGACUUCAUCGUGACCUCGUAACUUCAUCGUGACCUCGUAACUUCAUCGUGACGUCGUAACUUCAUCGUGACAUUGUGACCUCGUAACUUCAUCGUGACUUCAUCGUGACCUCGGCGUGACCCGUGAACAAAGAGCACUGAGGGUCCACCAGGAGCCGCCCCUCAACCCUCUGAACCAAUCAGGAAGUUUAUAGUCUGGGCCGAUUAAAAUAACACCAGAAUGACUAGUUCCCUUAAAGUGACAGACACCAGUAUUAAUAUAAUGCCUUAAAGUGACAGACACCAGUAUUAAUAGUAAUACCUUAAAGUGACAGACACCAGUAUUAAUAGUAAUACCUUAAAGUGACAGACACCAGUAUUAAUAGUAAUACCUUAAAGUGACAGACACCAGUAUUAAUAGUAAUACCUUAAAGUGACAGACACCAGUAUUAAUAGUAAUACCUUAAAGUGACAGACACCAGUAUUAAUAUUAGUUGAUAAUAGUAAUUGUGUUAUUAGCGUAGGGAGGUACCACUCUGUUGCGUUACGGUGCGUUCACGCUCCAAGCGGUAAAGAUUCGUUUAAUCUCUAAAAUUUAUUUUUGGUGAUGAAGUUCAAUAAAUCCAGAAGAUUGAAGAUGACACAUGAAUAUACAAUAUAUAUUAGAACCUACAAGCUGCUAAUGAGUCAUUAAAAAGGUUUAAAGAGGAGGAGGAGGAGGAAGAGGAGGAGGAGCAGUGUCUGCUGGUGGACCUGUAGUUCAGAUCAUUAUUCUCAGAAGAACGGGAAGUUCUGUAGAAGCUCUGCAUGUUGUUGUUGUUGUUGUUGUUGUGGUGGUGGUGAAACGUCCAGAUUAACUCUGGUGAAACAAAGCUAAAGAAGUAAAACUAUAAAGAUGAAAUGAUUGAUUAUUGAUGUUUAUUGUGAGUCUCAAGAAGAAUUAUUUUAUUUAAACUUUGAGCUAAAGGAAUGAAUAAAUAAGUUUGGAUCGAAAAAAAUAAAAUCAGAAGCUUUUAUUCUGAAGUUUGGGCCAAAAAAAUAAAAAUCAGAAACUUUUAUUCUGAAGGAAGAAAUUAAUAUUUACAAUCAAUGAAUUGUUUCUGAAAUACAAAAUGAAUUAAUUCAACGAUCAAUAAACAACAAAAUGUUAUUACACAAUAUUUAAGUGAAUGUCGUUCAACAUGAAAACUAAUCAAUAAGUGAAUUGAUCACCUGUCAGCGCUCUUCGUCUUCAUCGUCUUCGUCUGUUGUGAAUUCAAAGAAAUAAAAUCUGGAUAUUGAUCAUUGA